AUGAGGCUCUUCCUGCUGACCGCCCUCCUUCUGCUGCCCCUGGUGGCCCCGGAGUCCACGCACUGUAUAAUCAAGCAUGAACGUGAGAAGUGCAUGGAGAGGAUGGAGACGCAUGACCCCAGCGAAGACCUCGAUUUAGUGUGUCCGUGGAUGUGGGACAACUUGACGUGCUGGCAGGGCGCCAACGUGGGCGACGUGGUGGUGGUCAACUGCCCCGAAUUCAUCCACGACUCCAUGAUCCCCGAAGAAGAAAUGGGAAAAGUGAGUCGAAACUGCACUGAAUACGGCUGGUCAGAACCCUAUCCUCAUUAUUUGGACGUGUGCUUCUUUUACGACAACAGCACUAAUCCAGACAUGUACUAUGCCUCCGUCAAAGCGCUGUACACUGUGGGCUACAGCACUUCACUGGUUUCUCUGACCACUGCGAUGGUCAUCCUCUGCCGCUUCAGGAAGCUCCACUGCACCAGGAACUUCAUCCACAUGAACCUGUUUGUGUCGUUCAUCCUGAGGGCCAUCUCCGUGUUCAUUAAGGACGGGGUUCUGUACGCGCAGGAGGACAGUGACCACUGCUUCUCCUCCACUGUUGCCUGCAAAGCCGUGAUGGUUUUCUUCCAUUACUGCGUCAUGUCCAAUUAUUUCUGGCUGUUCAUCGAGGGUCUGUACCUGUUCACGCUGCUGGUGGAGACCUUCUUCCCCGAGAGGCGCUACUUUUACUGGUACACCAUCGUCGGAUGGGGGACCCCCACCAUCUGUGUGACUGUGUGGGCUGUGCUGCGGCUCCACUUCCAUGAUUAUGGAUGUUGGGAUACCAAUGAGCACACUGCCCUCUGGUGGGUGAUUAAAGGUCCUGUCGUGGCUUCUAUUAUGAUUAAUUUUGUGCUCUUCAUUGGGAUUAUCAUCAUCCUGGUUCAGAAGCUGCAGUCUCCUGAUAUUGGAGGAAAUGAAUCAAGUAUUUAUCUGCGUCUGGCUCGCUCCACACUGCUCCUCAUCCCUCUGUUUGGGAUCCACUACACUGUGUUUGCCUUCUCCCCUGAGGACGUCAGCAAGAGAGAGAGGCUGGUCUUUGAGCUCGGACUGGGAUCCUUCCAGGGGGGAGACCGGUUCCUUCCUGCAGGUUAA